AGGGGCAGGGGGCUGGAAGGGAAGGGGAGGCGGGAGAUUUCAACCUGGAGAUUGAAACAGGAGCAGCGAGCUUUUCCUGAAAUUUUCUCCAGCUUCGUCGCUCCUGACCCCAAGGCCCAAGUCUUGGGGUGCCACCUCAAAGCCAUGCUGCUGUUCCUGGUCCUCUUGCUCCUCUCCAGUCCUGUCUGCAGUGCCCAGGAGAUGCAGGGUCCAGGCGGUGGCUCCUACUUCUACGUCAGGGGGGAAGAGCAAGGGGAGAUCCAGGGAAUCCGGAUCUUCGUAGGGAUGAUGGGCCUCAUCAAGGGCAUCCAGCUAAAGUUUGGGGAGCAUUGGAGCCCGCGGUACGGAGCGCCCGGCGGCCGCGCGCAGGAGUUCCUACUGUGGUCGGGCGAGAGAAUCACCGCGGUGGCCGGCAGCGCGCGCGCCUGUAUCCGACACUUGCGCUGGAGCACCAGCAGGGGGCGCCAGGCCACCUUCGGGCGCCCGGCGGGCGCGAGGUUCAGCGCCCACCCUCCCGCCGCCGGGCAGCAGCUCCUGUCUGCCAACGGCCAGCAUGGGCUCUUCUGCCUCUCCGGGAUCGGCUUCAAGUGGGGAUCUGCCCCAGAGAAGCCGUCCGCCCAAGGGCCCGCCGUGGUAACCGGGGGGCCGGCCACCAGCGAGGGGAAGGGAGUCACAGCGAGACCGCUGGCGCAUUCCUGAACCGGUCCUAGGUUGCAUCGCGCGCGGCAUCCUCGUGGCUAGAUGUGCUCGCUCACCUGGCGAGGCCAGGACACCAGGUGACUCAGCGGGUACCCCCUGACAAGGCCAGAGCGACCCUGAAUGCCCGUGUUGAAUAAAGGUUCCGCACA